CCUUCCCUCUCGUGAGUCGGAAGAGCGGCAGUCCACCGUUCUCAUCCUUAUCAUCAUCCUCCUAACGGCAACAUUAAUCUCCAAACAAAACUUCGUCUUCCAGUUACACCCUGGGAGGAUGCCGAUCUUGAAAAUACCACUAGUCGUUUUUCAAGGUUGUCAUCCACGGUUUUAUUCGAUUGGAAAAGGAGUUCGAGUCAGAUUUGCACCAAGUCCAACUGGUUAUUUGCAUUUGGGAGGUUUGAGAACAGCGUUGUACAAUUUUCUCUUUGCUCGUGUCAACAAUGGUAAGUUUGUUUUGCGAAUCGAGGACACGGACCAAACAAGGUGUUUCCCCGAUGCCGUAGAGCAGAUACAAAACGACUUGGAAUGGAUUAACAUGACCCCCGAUGAAGGGCCUAAAUGUGGAGGACCUUAUGGCCCUUAUAUACAGUCUGAAAGGAAAGAAAUCUACAGGGAAGAAGCUGAGAGGCUCAUAUCCUCUGGGGCCGCUUAUUACUGUUUUUGCACAGAAAAGAGGCUUGAUCUUUUAAGAAAGGAUGCGUUACGCAAUCGACAAGUUCCAAAGUAUGACAACCAUUGUAGGCAUUUGUCAAAGGAAGAAAUUAAAUCAAAAUUAUUGUCAAAUGCAGAUAGAUGUGUACGAUUUAAGUUGGUCCAAGCUGAACCAUUUAAUGAUAUUGUCUAUGGGAACACUUUCCAUGACGUUAUGGAGAUAGAAGGUGAUCCUAUAAUAUUAAAAUCAGAUCACUGGCCCACAUACCAUUUGGCAAAUGUUGUAGACGACAAAUAUAUGGAAAUCAGUCAUGUAAUACGUGGUGUGGAGUGGAUGCAGAGUACGAGUAAACACCUGAUGAUUUACAGAGCUCUUGGAUAUGCAGCUCCUCAGUACGCACAUUUGCCAUUAAUUUUAAAUAAAAACGGCACCAAAUUGUCAAAAAGACAGGGAGACUUGUCCUUGAAAGCCCUUCGAGAAAAUGGAGUUUUACCAAAUGCACUUAUCAACUUUUUAAUACAAGCUGGAAGUGGAUUCAAAAGUACAAACAAAAUUGUUUCCCUUGAAGAACUGAUAGCUGAUUUUAAUCUCAACAAUGUUUCCACACACUCUACAAAAUUACCGUUGGAAAGAAUAGAUGAAUUCAAUCGACUGGAGUUAAUAGAAAAAAUAAAUAAUACAGAUGAACUACAGUCAUUAGUGUCUGAUGUAAAAAGUCUGGUGCAGAAUGGUCUUUCUAAAAGGUAUAGAGAUGAAAAUUUACAACUAGAUGAUGACCACAUCGCAUCAAUAUUAAAAUUGUGCCUACCAAGAAUAACUUCCUUGAGAGAUUUAAUCAACGAGGACUUAAGGUUCCUUUGGGUUAAGCCAGAUCUUAAGAAAUUACAAAUUAUACACAAUGGACACUACGCCAAUGUAUUGGAAAAUUUGGAAAAAGAACUGAGCACUAUUGAAUUUAACCAAGAAAUAGUGAAGACGUUUUUGAAACAAUUCUCAGAAAAUUACAAAAUACCAUUUAAAGAAUUAAUGAUUCUUAUAAGAAAAACUAUUAGUGAUGUGAAGCAAGGCCCUAGUGUUGCUGAAAUGCUUGUGUUACUCGGCAAAAAAACUUCGUUACAUAGGAUAAAGCAAGCCCAUGAGGAAAUUCAUCGCUUAAAAAGAAUCGAAAGUUAUUAACUUUUUGUACAUUAUUAUAAAUAUAUAUUAUUUAAUCUGUUAA